AGUAGGGCAGGAAACCCUUCUACCACCGCUGAAAUUUUGAAAGUUUCUUCCUAGAACUUUUCAAUUGUCAAAUUUUGCGACAAGUGACAACAACCUUCUCCAAGUACACAUUCACCAUCAGUACUAACCAACAACCAGCCACCAUGUCGGAGAAGGCCCAGAACCCCAUGCGAGAGCUUCGCAUCCAAAAGCUCGUCCUCAACAUCUCGGUUGGUGAAUCUGGUGACAGAUUGACUCGUGCCGCCAAGGUGUUGGAACAGCUGAGCGGUCAGACUCCUGUCUACAGCAAGGCCCGCUACACCGUCCGAACCUUCGGUAUCCGACGUAACGAAAAGAUUGCCGUUCACGUCACCGUCCGUGGCCCCAAGGCCGAGGAAAUCCUCGAGCGUGGCCUCAAGGUCAAGGAGUACGAACUCCGCAAGCGUAACUUCAGCGAGACCGGUAACUUUGGCUUCGGUAUCAGCGAGCACAUCGAUCUCGGUAUCAAGUACGACCCCGCCAUCGGUAUCUACGGUAUGGAUUUCUACUGCUGCAUGACCCGCCCCGGUGAGCGAGUUACCCGCCGACGCCGAUGCAAGAGCAGAAUCGGCUCUGGUCACCGCAUCAACCGUGACGAGACCGUCAAGUGGUUCAAGCAGCGCUUCGAUGGCAUUGUCCGAUAAAUUCUCAAUAUUGGACAAUAAGGAAGAAGGAUUACACGGCGUUGGCUGGUUGCAUUGAUUCAGGCGGAACCUGGGACAAAACGAUUCAUGGACUUGUACCUAUUGAAUUUCGGCGAGUUAUCUCGUCAUUCUAGCAUGGCUUGAAUUAAGUCAGCUGCGGCCUCAGAGACCGACCGGCACACUGCCGGCUUUCCCACGCAUUAAUGAAUAUUACGUGACGAAUUUUUGCUUUUCAUUGGAUUUGAGAACGUCUGAACCAUUGAGUUUCACUACGUUUCUACUGUGUUGAUUUGGAAACUGCAGGCUGCGGUCUCAGAUAGGCAAGCGAGUGACUCGGUUAUUAAGCCAGGCGUCAGCUCAUGUUCGUUUCAAUCGAUGUCGUAUG